AUGACGUUCUGUACUUAUAACACACGUACGCUUGCAUCGGAAGCGGCCAUCAAAGAUCUGAUUAUGCAAGCUAAGAAGACUAAGUACGACGUCAUCGGACUGACCGAGACGAGACGACGUCACCUUCUCAACGCCGUAUAUGGAACUGGAAAACUGUUCUUAGGAACAUGCGACAGUAGAGGUGUUGGUGGAUUUGGGGUCCUCGUCAACACGAGUAUGGCAAAUAACAUCGACUCUUUCGAACAAGUUACGACCCGAAUUGGACGACUGCGGAUGAAAAGAUCUGGUCCAACACCAGCUUUGACUACCUUCGUCGCUUGCACUCAAACAUCAAGUUGCGAAGAAGAAGUCGAAACUUUCUAUAUGGACCUGGAGAAGUUCUGCCGAGAAGAUCAUGCCCUCUACAAGGUCAUAAUUGGCGAUUUCAACGCCAAAAUUGACCCAAGAAGAACGCCUGAGGAACUUCACAUUGGGACCCACGGCCUUCAAUGA